GAUAAACUGAGUUCCAUCAGUGCGCUCGGUUCAGAUCUCCAGCUACAGUAUUGGCACGGCCGCACCUUUUAAUUCUUGGGAACUCUAUGCUGAGAAAUGGAUGGCUUUCAUGUGACCAUUCGAACCUCAGCAUCUUCUCUCUCAGGAACGUAUGGCAGCGUUUGGAUCUCGUUGGUUGGUACUCUGUGCGAGAGCCCUCCAGUAAAAGUGGACCAGCGUCUCUUGCCAGACUCAGCUUGUACAGUUGUCAUCAAGCCUAAAGAGGAAGUUGGUGUAGUGGUUCUGUUGAGACUCCGUCUUGAGGCUCAGCCUGGCUUUCCGGACCUGGACUGGCACUGUCGGGAUGUGCAGGUGAGACGGAGUUCUGAGGAUCCUGAGAUGGAACUUUUUCCUUGCCAUAAAUGGAUCCGGACAGCAGAUGGUUGCAUUGAGCUUCGGAACGAGAAAGCCUGUCUGAAAAAGGAGGAAACAUUAGCAAUCCUAACCGAUCAUAGGGAGAGGGAUCUCCAACAUAAACAACAGUUUAUCAGGUGGGGCACAUUUGUUGAAGGCGGUCCUCACUGUGUGAACAUGUCCAGAGUGACAGCUCUAGGGCUCAACUUGAGUUACAUCCGUCAACGCCCAGUUAACAAUGUGCACUACAUAAAGGGUUUUAUUGAAAGAAGAACAUCUUGGAGCAGCCUACAGGAACUUGAGACAUUUUUCCUUUUCAAUGGAAGAGAGAACACCAUUGCCAGAUAUGUUCAGGAUCACUGGCAUGAGGAUGCAUUCUUUGGAUAUCAGUGCCUAAAUGGCUGCAAUCCUUUGUGUAUCAGACAGAUCCAUAACCUGCCACCUAACCUGUCUGUCACUUCAGAGAUGGUCAGACCUUUUCUACCAGAGGACUCAUCAUUGGAGCAGGAGAUGGAGAGAGGACAUGUGUAUCUUCUGGAUUUUGAAGUGCUUGAUCAGCUGCCUGCUAAUAUUAUCAAUGAGAAACAGACAUACUUGUCUGCUCCCUUAUGUUUGCUGCAUUACAACAGACAUGGAGAACUAAAGCCCAUUGCCAUACAACUUCAACAGGUUCCUGGUCCACAGAAUCCUGUUUUCUUGCCCUCUGAUGCUGCACCGGAUUGGUUGUUAGCAAAGAUGUGGGUCCGUAAUUCAGAUUUCCUGGUCCAUCAACUACUUUCCCAUUUCUUGCGCACUCAUCUUUUAGGAGAGGUGUACUGUACCGCCACGCUCAGACAGCUGCCGGAGAUUCAUCCUCUACACCAGCUCCUGAUGCCUCAUAUCCGCAGCACACUUCAGAUUAACAUUCAGGCUAGAGCCACUCUUCUGGCCACAAAAGGUGUUUUUGACAAGUCAAUAGCGUGUGGCCUGGAGGCAAUUCCGCUGCUGAUGGCUCGAGCAACACAACGCCUCAGUUACAGCUCAAUGUGUGUGCCAGAUGACGUAAAAGGGAGAGGACUGGAUGCACUACCUAUCUGCUAUUACGCUCAAGAUGCUCUCAGGGUCUGGGACGCUCUACACAGAUUUGUUGCAGGCUGGAUUCGUUUGUAUUACUGUAACGAUGAGGACGUCCAGCAUGACUGUGAACUACAAAACUGGAUUAGAGAGAUCUUCACGGAGGGAUUUCUUGGCCUCACUCACAUAGGAGUUCCACAGUCAUUUCAGACCGCAUCUGAAAUGUGCAAGUUUGUAACCAUGGUGAUCUUCUCCUGCUCAGCACUUCAUGCAGCUGUGAACUUCUCUCAGUUGGAUUUUAACCUUUGGAUACCGAACAGUCCAGCGGCCAUGUCACGCCCCCCUUCUCAGACCAAAAACUCAGUGUCUGAGGAAGAUCUUUUCUCCUUCCUUCCGGAGGUGAACUCCUCUUGCCACGUCCUUAGUGUCCUAUCUCUACUGUCUCAGCCUGCCAUUGACUUUGUACCCUUGUGCCAUUAUAAUGAGUGGUACUUCCGCAAUGGUGCAACCGUCAAACUUGUGGAGGAGGUCCAGAGAGAACUGAAGAAGAUAGCAGAAGACAUCGCAGACAGGAACAGCCGGCUGGUGUUGCCCUAUCCUUACCUGUCUCCAGACUACAUUGAGAACAGUGUGACUAUUUGAGUUCACUGUCCAGCUGAAAAUUGUGUCUGCAUUUUAUGGCCUGGUUUCACAGACAGGGCUUGGAUUAAGCCAGGAUUGGGCCUUAGUUUAAUUAGGAUUUUUAAGUGGGUUUUAUAAACGUGCCUUAGA